UCACAUAUCCCUCACAACGCGAAAACAUUUUUGUGACCAUGGCACGAAUUGUACAAGACUACGUAUGGCUUUAGGGACGAGGAGGUGGUAGUGAAUGUGUUCGUUCAAUGCAGAUUCAAAAUGGCGUCAGGACCAACAUGACCUUUAUGUCCUAAUCUAAUGGAGUAAGGACUAAGGACAGGUUGGAGGUCAAAAGACAAAUCAGGAUGAACGGAGAAGUGAGUGACAUACAUGACAUCAAAUUGAAAAUCCGAGAACUGAAUCAGCACAUCGUGUGUAUCCUGUGUGCUGGCUACUUCAUUGAUGCAACGACUGUGACAGAGUGCUUGCAUACCUUUUGUAAGAGCUGCAUAGUAAAGUACCUCCAGACUUCCAAGUUUUGUCCUAUGUGCAAUCUGAAGAUUCAUGAAACUCAACCCGUGUUGAACCUUCGGCCCGAUCGGACCAUGCAGGAUGUCGUGCUGAAAUUGGUGCCAAAGCUUUUUGAAAAGGAAGAGCUGAGAAAGAUGGAUUUCUACAAGUCACGAGGAUUGGACAAGGUGCAGAGUAAAGUCCAGCAAAAGUCUUUCAGCGGCAAGCUUGACCCGACUAGAGGUCACUUCUAUAAGAAUGAUGAACAAGUCUCGUUGUGCCUUGAAUAUUAUGGGAAUGGACCAAGCCAAAUUGAUGAGGAUAUUGGUAUCGUACAGCUAGACAAGAAAUACAUCCGAUGCUCUGUAAGAACGUGUGUGUGCCAUUUACAGAAGCUGUUAUUGAAGAAGCUUGAUGUUUCAAAAGAGUCCGAGGUAUUGCUUUACUGUGAAGAUGAAGAACUUUAUGAAGAUGACCCUAUGAAGUAUGUCUGGUUAUCACACUGGAAAGGAAAGGCAGCUCCAAUGGUUCUGAAAUACCAAAUCAUCUCUGGAUCAAGCUCUCAGAAUGGGGUACUCUGAGCACCUUAGCCCCACGUCCAUCAUGUGUUGCUCACCAAUGCUUCCUUUAUUCGCCCGUCCUGCAAAUGUUUGGAGUCCUUUCCAACACCACAUCGUAACACCAAAACUCCAUCAGCAUUAUUCAGGUGCUUGUGUCAGAUGUUUGGGAUACAGUGCUGUUCAAUUCUUCUUGGAAUACUGACUUCAACACCAACUGUGUUGGAAUGACAACUCAGCUGGGCAUGCCUCUGGUGUUGUAAUUUACUUCAUUAACACCAUCACAAGGUUUCUCUUGCCUUGCUUUGCUCUAUAUAAGGCAUAUCACCGAUUGCUUUGUUAAAACUCGUCAUAUAUUCUAAUCUGGUGCUAAUGUUUUAUAAUCAAGCAUCACACAACCAUCAAGCAUCUCAGGUCAAACCUGGUUGUGGCAUCUUUGCACAUCUCUGAAG